AACUGAAAGCUUAGACAGAGACGGAAAACAGAGAGGAGGGUCAACAAUGGCUUUAUAUCUUAGACGAGCAAUCAAAUUAACAAACACAAUAAGAACAACCACCCUACUACUUAGAAGCUCAAAUACCCAAACCCGCAACAUCUCUCACUUUCUCCUUUCUCAUAACCAAUUAACUCCCCGUUCCCAAAACCUCACUCCUUUCUGCUCAUUUGAUUUUCAUAGAGAUUCUCGCCGUGGUUUCGCCAAAGGAAAAAAAUCAAAGGAUGAUUCUGGUGGGAGUACAAUGGAACUUGCUCCUGAUAUUGGGCCUUCUGUUAAAGCAAGUGCUGCAUCACAGAUGGAUGCAGCAAUAGUUGCCUUAUCGCGGGAGCUAGCCAAAUUGAGAACAGGAAGGGCAUCUGCAGGAAUGCUUGAUCAUAUUAUCGUUGAAACUGAUGGCGUAAAGAUGCAACUGAACCAUUUAGCUGUUGUUUCUGUUAUUGAUUCAAAAACCUUAUCGGUGAAUCCAUAUGAUCCCAAUACUCUCAAAGCAUUAGAGGGUGCCAUCAUUUCAUCUCCGUUAGGCUUAAAUCCAAAGGUGGAUGGUCAACGGUUGAUCGCACCUAUUCCACCAUUAACAAAAGAGCAUAUGCAGGCUAUGUGCAAAGUUGUUGCCAAGUCUUCCGAAGAUGUUAAACAAAGCAUAAGAAGGGCUCGACAAAAGGCAUUGGAUACAAUAAAGAAAGCGGGUUCUAGUUUUCCCAAGGAUGAGGCUAAGAGAUUUGAGAAAGAAAUUGAUGAGCUGACUAAAAAGUUCGUCAAGUCCGCCGAUGAAUUGUGCAAGGCAAAGGAGAAGGAGAUUACUCAAGGCUGAGAAGCAAUGUUGUGGUGCUCAUACAAUCCAACAAAAUUUCUUUGCAUUGAAAGCUUAGGUGCCUAGUUCAAACUAGUUUUCGACUUGAUAUAUAUGGUAACAUUUACUGUCGACUUUGAUUGAUUCAAUGGUGAAAUUAAAUUUUUAUGCUUUUGCCAUAAGGUUCAGCUGAUGAGUUUUUGGGGCAAACAUGAAUGACUUUUCAUGCACUCUUUCGUCCAAAUUCAUGGACCAUAUUGAAUGUAUUUUAAACAUAUAAAUUUUAAAAAGAUGCAAUGAGUUACAACUUUUGAAUCC